AGUUUCUCCACACCCGAGGGACCAAGUCUCCCCGCCCCCACGGGGGCGUGUACACCUGCCAAAGAGGACUUAGUGGACGUCCGGUUGGGACCGGAAGUUGUGGUUACUACGGAGACGCCACGCUGCUGGUCCAGCUUUUCAGAAUUUCAUAGACAUUUCCAACACUAUCUUCUGUGAUGGCAAGUCCCAAAGGAAGCCGAAGUCAGAAGAUGAAGCUCCCCAUCUUUACCAGAAAGGGGACACUGGAGGUGCCGUCCCCGACAGAGAAGGACUGGUCUAAGGAUGAUGAAGAUGAUUGGGUCUUCAAGGAUCCAGAUCAAGAGCAAGAUUCCCUACCCCAGCCAUAUCGCAUGAUCAACAAGAUGGUGAACUCACUGUUUGACCGUUCGUGGGAAAUUAUUGAGGCAAGGGACACCUCAAAGAAAGCUGAGCUCCGCCGGACCCCGCCCACCAUCUACCAUCCACUUAGAGAAAGUAAGCUCAACACAAUGCCAAACUGCAUGGAUGUUUCCCAAGACUAUGUGUUUAUUGGAGGAAGCAAAGGAUUCUCUAUCUAUAAUCUGCAUAACGCUAAACAAUUAUAUGUUUGGGAGAAACUUAAUGUUGAUGUCAUUUCCAUCUGGGCCACAGAUUUGGGGAGUGAAAUACUUAUUGCUCCUGUGGAUGAAAUGGGUAUUGUUCGACUGUUCUAUUUUUAUAAGGAUGGUCUUUACCUCAUCAAAGCCAUCAAUGAAUCGGAGGACACCAGCAAGCAAACCACCUGUAUAAAGAUGGAAAUUUCUAAAGGAGGGAACUUUGCAGCCUUGCUCCUACAAGGAGCUGGGGACAUUUGGCUGGAUGUGUAUAAGCUGCCCAAGGAGUCUUGGGUCAAGGAAGUGCAGUACCCCCAACUUGCCAUAAAUACAAAGAAGAAAGUCAGACAGCAGCUGCAAUUGAACACUCCUGAUUCUGUGACUGCAGAUAGUUUAGAUACGGAUAUGAACAUUUCUUUUAGAGGAGAUGUUAAGUUGAGUCUUCCAGUUCAAAUAAUGAAAAUCAAACCACCCAAACCAAUUACAGGUACCACAUUUAAAAGCCCCCUGGAAGCCUUUGCAAAGAUAGCGGGCUGCCGCGGGCUGGGCUCUGGGCAGAAUCACUACAUAAAGGCGAGCCAGUGGGAGAAGCGGGAGGCAAUCUUAAGAGCCACCUACAAGAAGCUCCUGGAUGGGGACUGGGAGCCUGAGCCGAUCAGUAUGGCUACGUUCUACUUCCUCCUUCCCAGUCGCGUAAUCCCAAUGCCCGCGGGAGUCAAGAGAUCCCCAGGGCUAGCCUGUGUCCUUGGUGUACACUGGACCGAUCAUCACAACUUCUUCUUCUAUUCACUUAACCGGACGCUGAAGGAUAAAGUUGACCCCGAGGGCGUGUGGCCGUGCGCCGCGCCCAUCGUGGUGUCUCAGCUCAGUCCCUGCUCUUCCUACCUGGUGCUGGCCUGUGAGGACGGCGUGCUCUCGCUCUGGGACCUGGCGCAAGGACUCACUCUUGGAGUUGUUGCUCUUCCUGAAAAGUGCUUCUGCCAAAGCAUCCACUUCCUGAAAUACUUCCUAGUCCACAAAGGACAGAAUGUGUAUCCGGAGGGCUCAGUGAAAUGCCACAUGAAAUGCGUGGUGCUGUGUACAGACGCGUCUCUCCAUCUGGUGACAGCCUCGGGGAUCCAGAACUCCACCAUCAGUCUGCUGGUGGAGAGGCCAGUGAAGUACCUGGAUGAAGCCAUCUGUGCCGUGGCCCCGGUCCAAGCCUUACCUGGCAUGGUGCUGACCUUUUCCAGAGACGGCUCUGUGUUCCUCAUGGAUGUGGCCAAGUCGCAGAUCAUCUGCUCCUUUGCUCUCCCCAGAUCCUACUCCCUGGUGGCCCCCUGGAACCCAGUGUUUGUCGUGUCUUUACACCACCCGUGUUUCCUGCUCCGAGGAGACCAUCCAGAUGAAAUUGGAUCUGCCAGCAAAGCUGAAGACAUCCCAAAUUCUAUUUUCUAUUUUAAUUUUGAGGACUACCCACUCCUAGAAAACUUCUUAAGAAACUGCACCAUUCCUCAAGCUAGCAUAUCGGCCCACCCAACAUUUGCCCAGGCGCUGCCCCUGGAGGAGAGAUGCGAGAAAUUCUUCCAAAAGAGGUUGGAAGAAAAGGAGUAAUGAAUUCAGGCCGGUAGAAAAGAAAGGCUUCAAGUUGGUGUUUUCUUCCUGUCAAGGCUGUCUUUUUCUUGUUGCUUUUUCAAUUCUUUUUUUUUUUUUAAAGUAUAUUUGGAUUAUCAGACACAGUCAUCUAAGACAGGGGUUGGCAAACUACAGCCAAAUUUGGCCCACUGCCUGUUUUUGUGAAUAGAGUUUCACCGGAAGACCCCACACCCACCGCUUUAUGUCUCAUCUCCUUAUGUGAGAGUUACAGAGGAGCUGAGCAGCUGCAGCAGAGCCACUAUGACCCACAAAGCCUAAAUCAUUUCCUAGCUGGCCUUGUAGAGAAAAUGUUUGCCAGCCCCUUGUCUGAGCCCCUUUUCCUUUCUCCAUCAUCCAUAUAAACAAUUACGUGAUACACCUCUCCUCUUACCCCGACUGUAACCCCCAGCCCCAAGGGGCCUCUGCUUGUGUUCCUUCCUGCUAUAAAAGCAUCAUUAAUGGUA